AUGGCAUCCACUAUGAAAGGAGACGGACCUCGUGAAGAGACUAAAUUUGAGUCCGGUGUUCCACCUGAAUUACCCGGUAGACCGAGCUCGCUGACUUUGUCAGAUAUCCGUGCCAGAUCGGUUCUGCUGAGUUUCGUGCCUGGUUUCGAUGGUCAUACAGCCAUCCGGCAGUGGAUUGUUGAAGCGAAGGUGGCCGAUUCAAGUGUUUUCCAAGUUGUUUAUAACGUGAGUGCCCCGAAGGCGCGUUCAAUCACGGUACGCGGACUUCGACCGUACACCCGAUAUCAAAUGCGCCUGAUCGCUGAGAAUGUGAGAGGUCGUGGUGCUCCGAGCGAACCAUCCAUAGCUUUUGAGACGAGACAAACUAGUCCAGAAACACCUGCAUCUCGUCUUUUUGCUGAACCCCUCUCGUCGACGUCGUUAUCCCUGUCGUGGACGCCAUUGUUAGCCAAUCAGUGGAAUGGUCAGCCAAAGGGCUAUCUGAUUCUCUACAAAGAAGGUGCUAUGGAGCAUUGGCAUGAAAUACGAAUUCCUUCAUUGCGUGCUAGCGACUUCACACUACGCGACCUCCGUCCAUACACCACUUAUGAAGUGCAGCUGUUUGCAGAGAAUAUGUUUGGUCGAAGUCCAUCUUCUGGAACAUCAAGAGCAAAGACAUAUGAGGGUGUUCCAUCAGGGGUUCCUAGCAAUGUACGAGCAGAUUUGGAUAGCAAAAGAGCUGUUAUAGUGCGAUGGGAUGCAGUCGAGAAGGAUCAAGCUAAUGGCAAUGUUAGGGGCUAUGAAGUUCGUCUAGUGCCUGAACAGGAGUGGUUGCGAACAGAUGAAACGCGAGCAUUUAGUGUACAAGGGGCUACAGUGUUGUCGCAAAAAGUGGAUGUUUGUUUAUUUUUUUCAUUUCAUUUAUUCAGAAUCAAUUGGGCUAUGCACACUGACGCGCGCAUCAUAUUAAUUAGUCAUUCAGCUGAUCUGGAUACGCAGUGCUGCGAUUAUGUAGUCAAAGCAACGAUCGCCAUAGAAGCUACUUUAAUGAUUGGCUCACAGAACUUUACUUAUAGUAUGGUAAAAGGAGCUCAUUCUGUGUCGCUACUAACAAUUGGAUGUGCUUACCAUCUUUAUUAG